CCAGGAAAAACUAGGUGAACAUUUCCCGCACGUUUCUAAUGGGCAGUUCCCUUGUUCUUCAGCGUGGAUCGUCUGCUGUGGACUGGUGCGAAAGGAAUUACAUUGUUUCAUCUGGCAUCGCAGAAUUUGUAAAUACGGUAAGCAAUGUCCUGUUUCUUGUCUUGCCUCCAUUAUUACUGCGACUGUUCCACCAGUAUGCCAAGUGUGUUAGUCCAGGAAUAAUUUUGAUUUGGAGUUUGCUGUUGAUGAUUGGGCUCAGUUCAGCUUAUUUUCAUGCUACCCUGAGUUUGCUGGGUCAGCUUCUGGAUGAACUGGCCAUUUUGUGGCUCCUGAUGGCUUGUUUUGCUAUGUGGGUUCCUCGCCGGUAUCUUCCUUUAUGGUUCAAGAGAGAAAGGAGGACAUUUCAGAAAUUUGUUGCCUUAUUGUGUGCAGUAGGAACAGUACUAGUGUGUAUCUAUCCUGCAGUAAAUGCAUUUGCCUUAAUGGCUUUUGGAAUCCCCAUUACCUGUUUGUUGAUUAUAGAACUGAAAAGGUGUAACAAUCCACGAGUCUUUCGACUGGGUAUUCGAUCUGCUUUUUUGUGGGUCCUGGCACUUUGCUGUUGGAUCAAUGACAGACUCUUUUGCGAGAUGUGGUCUUCCCUGAACUUUCCGUACUUGCAUGGAGCGUGGCACUUGCUGAUAGCAAUUGCUGCCUAUUCAGGUUGUGUUCUGUUUGCCUACUUUGAUGCCUGUAUUGAAGUGCCUGACCAGUACCCUGCUUUAAUAUUCUGGCCAAGUGAUGGGUUUGAACUUGGUGUGCCUUAUAUCAUACUUCGUAGCCAUAUUAACCCAUCAACAGUCCCUAUGAAAUAUAAAAUUUAAUCCAGUGCAUUAAAGGUCAUUGUCAACUAAGACUAACUUAUUACAAAUCUUUAAAGAAAAAUUUUAGUUUUUUCAAGUGACAGAUCUGAAUUUUAGAUUUAAUAUUUUUUUCUAAAGUUUUGAUAUCUUAACUUUACGACGUCUAUAUUAAAUAAUACUUAACUUCUAUCUCCCUUUCGAUAUCACAGUUAGUUAAUUCUGUGGUCAACAUCUUACAGGUCUCUCGGUUUCUAUUUAUUUUAUUUUUUGUCAUUGCAUUUUAUAUGUGAGUGAUUAUAAUUGAUUUGUGUUAAAGUUUGAGUGUUUACACUAUAUUAUGUGCAUUUUUGAUUUCUAUAAGUUUGGUUAUGUACUGGAUAUUAUGAGUAAAAUACGAGUAUAUUUUCUGUAUUUAUCAAAAUGUUUAUUAAUUACUUAAUUAGCUUUUAUAGUUUUGUGCACAAUGGAUACUCUUAUUAGCCACUACAUGAGGAAAGUUGUGUUGCUAUUGUUCAAUCAAUUCAUAAAAUGGCUUGAAGUUAUAUCCUAACAUAUUGUUGUAAAAUCAUUAUUUCGUUGGAGGGUUCUUGUAAAUUAUCUGUGAAAAUAAACGUCCAGACCAUAAAUAAGGACAAUAAAUUACUUUA